AAGAGCCAAUAAGUAAAAUUUACGGGUCAACCGGUUCUAUCAAUACGUCGGGCGAUUAGUCGGGUCCGAUUCGGCUUUAAUGGCAGUUUGCUUUAAAGAACACAUCAUUUGAAAUUGGAAGCUAUAAAGAACACAUCUUUUAGCCUACAGCUCCCAAUGGAUGCUCCUAUUCCACAUUCGUCACAUACUCUGUUGGAACUCUGCACCAAUCUCUUGCAAAAAUCUCUUAACUCCAAUGGUCGUUUUACAGCGCAAUUGGUUCAUUGUCGUGUUAUCAAAUCGGGUCUUAUGUUAAGCGUUUACCUGAUGAAUAAUCUAAUGAACGUCUACUCAAAGACUGGUUACGCUUUUCAUGCACGUAAGUUGUUCGACGAAAUGCCUCUAAGAACGACUUUCUCAUGGAACACGGUUCUCUCGGCCUAUGCAAAACGAGGAGACAUGAAUUCCACAUGUGAGUUCUUUGAUCAGCUGCCUCAAAAGGAUUCAGUUUCUUGGACCACGAUGAUUGUUGGGUUUAAGAACAUUGGUCAGUAUCAAAAGGCUAUAAGAACUAUGCGGGAAAUGAUGAGCGAAGGGAUUGAGCCGACACAGUUCACGCUUACAAAUGUGCUUGCCUCGGUUGCUGCAACUCGCUGUUUGGAUACAGGUAAAAAGGUUCAUUCUUUCAUCGUUAAGCUUGGCCUUCGCAGUAACGUUUCCGUGUCAAACUCCCUUCUUAGUAUGUACGCAAAAUGUGGUGAUCCGAUGAUGGCAAAAGUUGUUUUUGAUACAAUGGUGGUUAGAGACAUCUCAAGCUCGAAUGCUAUGAUUGCGUUACACAUGCAGGUUGGUCGGAUCGAUCUUGCUAUGGCACAAUUCGAGCAAAUGGCUGAGCGAGAUAUCAUCACUUGGAAUUCUAUGGUUUCAGGCUAUAAUCAGUGCGGGUAUGAUCUCAGAGCUCUAGAUAUGUUUUCUAAGAUGCUGAUGGAGUCUCUGUUAUCACCAGAUAGAUUCACUUGGGCGAGUGUGUUAUCUGCUUGCGCUAAUCUCGAGAAGCUUAGUGUUGGGAAACAGAUUCAUUCGCAUAUCAUUACAACAGGAUUUGAUAUCUCUGGAAUUGUGUUAAACACCCUGAUAUCGAUGUAUUCCAGGUGUGGAGGGGUCGAGACUGCCCGGAGACUCAUUCAACAGAGAGGAACCACUAAUCUCAAGAUUGAAGGUUUCACAGCUUUACUUGAUGGGUAUAUUAAGCUUGGAGAUAUGAACCAAGCUAAAAAUUUAUUUGGUUCAUUGAAAGAUCGUGAUGUAGUUGUAUGGACCGCCAUGAUUGUUGGAUACGAGCAACACGGUUUAUAUGGGGAAGCUAUGGACCUUUUCAGAUCAAUGGUUGCAGAAGGGCAGAGACCAAACAGUUACACACUUGCAGCAAUGUUAAGUGUAGCUUCAAACUUAGCAUCAUUAGGUCAUGGCAAGCAAAUCCAUGGGAGUGCUGUAAAGUCAGGGGAAAUUUAUUCAGUUUCUGUCAGCAAUGCAUUGAUAACAAUGUAUGCAAAGGCGGGUAAUAUUACAUCGGCAAAGCGGGCAUUUGAUUUAAUACGCUGCGAAAGGGAUACAAUAUCUUGGACGUCCAUGAUUAUGGCGUUGGGACAGCACGGUCACGCAGAAGAAGCACUUGAGCUGUUUGAGAGUAUGCUGAUGGAAAAACUAAGACCUGAUCACAUAACAUAUGUUGGUGUUUUCUCUGCUUGUACUCAUGCGGGUUUGGUCAAUCAAGGCCGUCAAUACUUCGACAGGAUGAAGAACGUGGAUAAGAUUGAACCUACUCUUAGCCACUACGCUUGUAUGGUGGACCUGUUUGGACGUGCUGGUUUAUUGCAAGAAGCACAUGAGUUCACCGAAAAUAUGCCGAUUGAGCCAGAUGUAGUGACAUGGGGUUCACUGCUCUCUGCUUGCAGGGUUCACAAGAACGUCGAGCUUGGAAAAAUUGCAGCAGAGAAAUUGCUUCUUAUCGAGCCAGAGAACAGCGGAGCGUACUCAGCCUUGGCUAACCUAUACUCAGCUUGUGGGAAAUGGGGAGAAGCAGCUAAGGUCAGAAAAUCCAUGAAAGAUGGGAGAGUGAAGAAGGAACAAGGUAUUAGCUGGAUUGAAGUGAAGCACAAAGUCCAUGUCUUUGGAGUCGAGGAUGGGACUCAUUUACAGAAAGACGAAAUCUACGUAACCAUGAAGAAGAUUUGGGACGAGAUUAAGAAAAUGGGUUAUGUUCCAGACACUGCGUCUGUACUACACGACCUCGAAGAAGAGGUUAAGGAGCAGAUUCUAAGGCACCACAGCGAGAAACUAGCAAUCGCUUUUGGGUUAAUUAGCACUCCGGAUAAAACCACAUUGAGGAUCAUGAAGAAUCUCAGAGUGUGCAAUGAUUGCCAUACAGCCAUAAAGUUCAUCUCCAAGCUUGUUGGAAGGGAGAUAAUAGUGAGGGACACUACAAGGUUUCACCAUUUUAAAGAUGGAUUUUGUUCUUGCCGGGAUUAUUGGUGAGAAAAUCAAGUCGUAAUUGAAAUGGAAGAACUAAUAAUUCUCAAUUGGCCUAAUUCUCAUAGAUUCAUAUAUGGCUUCUUUUGGGGAAAACCAUCAUUAUUGAGCAUUGGAAUAUGAGGACAUGGCAUUUGAACUUUUAGUACGAGAGAUCAUGGUGUUUAAAGGAGACGGAUAUUAUGAA